AUGAAACGACGAACGAAUUUCGACAGCAUAAAAAUACGAAAAUCUAUUCGACGCUCUCGUCUUACUGAGGGUAUAUAUGGAAGUGCAUUAAUGUAUCUCAAAUUUAUUUUUAUUUGGGGUAUAAUAAUGGCAGCUGAUUAUUUACUUGAAUUUCGCUUUGAAUAUCUAUGGCCAUUUUGGCUUGUUCUACGAAGUAUUUAUGAUUCAUUUAAAUAUCAAGGAUUACUUUUCUCAUUAUUCUUUGUACUUAUUGCAUUCAUAGCCGAUCUCAUUUGUUAUAUAUUACUACCUGUUCAAUGGCUAUUUUUUGCUGCAAGUAGCUAUGUAUGGAUACAAUAUGUUUGGCAAACAGAACGUGGUAUCUGUUUGGGUACAGUUGUUCUGUGGGUGCUGUUUGUAUGGCUUGAAGCAUCAGUACGAUUACGUGAAAUUAAAACUAUUGAUCUUUGUCGACCAUUUGCCGCUCAUUGUAUCGGUUAUCCAAUGGUAACGUUAGGAUUUGGUUUUAAAACGUAUCUUGCUUAUAAAUGGAGAUUGAGAAAACAACGUGAUGUAAGGAAAAUAAAUGAGUCAUAUAUCCAAUUAAUAAAUCAAGCAUUACCAAUUGAAGUUCAACAAGAAGCGGAAAAAGAACGAUUAAGUCGAGAGAAGGGUACAUUUACAGAAUCUUAUGAUGAAUGUACGAAUCAAUCAAAUAUUGAUGGAAAUUAUUCGCCAUCUUCUCCGAGUUCAUCAAUAAAUAAUUCAAAUCUUCUAUCUUCAGUACUUAUUAAUUCUCAAACACAAUUAAAUAAUCAUUCAACAUCAUUACCUUGUACAGUAUCAAAACGUCCACAAAAAUUAAACAAUAAUGAUGAUUUAUCAUCGACAAAUUCACUUGUACAAACAACAACAACAACAACAACAACACGUAAUAAUAAAAUUUCCAAUGGAAAUAAUAACGAUGACGAAUCAUUAUCAACAUAUAAACAACAGAAAAAACAGUUAGUCAAAUCUUCAAAUACACAAAAUACACAAGGUCGAAGACAACAGAAAAAACAAGAAACAAGAGAACAAAUACGUGCUACAUCAAGAGAUUCAUCAUCAUCAUAUAAUAAUGGUUUUGGAACGACUACAUCGAUUGAAAAUUCAGAUAUUGAAAAAAAUCUUCAAAUCAGUAAAUUAGAAGGUGAUAUUCAACGAUUGAAUCAGUCAAUUGAAAAACAAAAAAAUUCCGAAUUACAAUUACGUACUCAAUUAACAGAUUUGAAAAGUGUUCGAAAAGAUCUUGAUGAUUUACGUGCAGAAAAUACCACAUUACAAUCAAAAUAUGAAUCAGUUAAUACUCAACGAAACCGUGAUAAACAACGUGUAAUUGAACUUGAAAAGACUAUUAACGAAGAAAAACAAAAUCGACAACGAUUAGAAUCACAAAUAAAAACUGAAAAAACUUUAACGAAAAAACUUCAAGAUGAUUUAACUAAAUUAAGUUUAAUACCACCAAGAAGUGAAUGUACAGAACAAUGUAUGAAACGAAGACGUGAUCAAGAGAAUGAAACAAGAGAAAUGCGAAAAUUACUCAAUGAUAAAGAUGAACGUAUCAAGUUACUUGAUAAUGAAAUUAAGACUCUACUAAAAUAUCGUGAAUCUCAAGCAGAUACAGAAGUACUCUAUCAACAUUAUUCCCAAUUAAAAGAACGUAAUGCUCAUUUACAAGAUAGUCUUAGUGCUGAAACACGAAUAAAACUUGAUUUAUUUUCUGCACUUGGUGAAGUUAAACGACAACUUGAAAUAGCUAAUGGUGCUAUUCGAGAAAAAGAACGUGAACUAAUUGCUGCACUUCAUUCCCAACAUCAGGUUAAUACUUGUUUAUUUAAUGGUCAUCGUCAAUCAUCUGGACAUUCAUCACCAACAAAUCAAUUAAUCGAUACAAAUAAUAAUCCAACAACAAGUCCAUCAUCUGUUUUCUAUUCACCACCAACAACUAUAACACCACCACCAUUACAAAAUGCUACAUCCAAUCUCGAUCCAAAUGCUCAAGAUUUUUGUUUAUCAACACUUUCGACAAAUAAUAUAUAA